AUGGCACGGAAAGCCAGAACACAUAUGAAGAAGGUGGCGACUCCCCAGGAGCGACCUUUUUCAUACAGCAUGUCUCUAUCGCGAGACCGCCUAGAGCUCGAGGGCUUUCACCCCUUGGCAUGUAGCCAAACAAGUGUGUUUGAGAUGAUUGAGUCCUGGAAGGAGCUACUAAGGAGGCAGCUUGGGGCGCCGCCCAUCCAAGCGCCCACCAUGCGCAUGACGCGGGCCUUCCUCCUCCUUCGAGAGGAGCCGACGCCGGCCAGCGAGCCCAGAGUCGGUUACUUUGAGAACCUCAUCAUGAGCCAGGCCGUUGGUCCGCGUGUUCUAACCGAAAUCUUCGCCAGGGGACACCGCUCGGCGCUACACCUAGCGCUCACAUCGAAGCGGAUGUGGCUCAUCCUUACGGCGAGCGUGAACUACUUCGACUUUUACGCCGGUCGUCUGCAGAACCUUGGCCCGUCAGGAAUUUUUGUCUGCGCCGCGCCUGAAUUCACUCUGGGCGAGAUAAUGGCGACGCGACUCUCGGACCCGUACGGGUUCCAGUCAGCGACACCGUUCACGAACUGGCAUAAUGCGGCGAUUACGCGGGAGAUGGACGCGGUUGAUACGCUCUUCAUGGUGCGGGCACGCCUCGACAAGGAGAAGAAGACUUCUGAGGGCUCGGGGUCGCAGCCGGUCCCGGAAUUCCUGCGUCGCAUGUUUGACGAGCCUACUCUGAGGGCAAUCUUGGCAAUUGAGAAGCCUAAAAACAUUUUCAAGAUGAACCAAUUCAUCUCUCUACCCUCGGGGUCUGCCUUUGAGCCGCCGAUGAUCUAUAGUGCAACUCGCCUGCAGCUUUUACUUAUCAAAAUGUUUAAUCAGCGAGAGAAUACAGAAGUCCUCCACUUCCACAAGAUUCCGUUCUUUGACCGACGCAUCCUCGCCAUUAUUCUGCGAGCCUGUCCUAAUGUCACGAUGCUAGGGGUGUACGACUGCCCUCUGAUUCACCUUGGAGACCUAAUACCGCUACUCGACCUGAUCUACGAGAUCAAUAUGGAGAGAAAGCUGCAGAACAAGCCCCUAAUUGGAGGAUUUGACUUUUAUCCUAGCUUUCAUAAGGGAUUAUCGACCGAGAGCGAACAUCGAGUAUUCGGUCUAACAGCAGACUCUAUGGAUCGCGACAUAAUUCAAAGAGGUCUAUUCGCAGUGCUGUUGAAAGGAUUCCUGAAAGCACGACAGCUGAAGCUCGACUUGCUUUUUGAGCCCGGCCGAGCACUAAGGGCCUUUCUGUUUAGAGUUCCUAACCCUCCCUUGAGUAUUCCGACAUUCUUCGACGGCCUCUGUCGAUACCUAGAGAGCGGAGCACUCGACACGCCCGACACGCAGAGAAGACGGGCCCUGUAUGAUUUGACCAAGCCGAUCCGGCUAGGCCUGGAGCCGGAUCUGGAGGACAGUUUCUACCAGGAGGACAUGGACCGAUACCUACCUUUCUGCAGCUCUUGCGGCUACGAAAUGCUGUACGAGCUUUUCCCUGCCGGAACCCGUCGGGUCGACCCGCACCGACGAGUAUGUGCAGGCUGUAACCUGCAAGAUUUGCUCGAUAAACAGCCGCAUGAUAUGCGGGACUGGAAGGUUGGCCUGCUGGCCAAGCUCAUGCCGGACUGGAACGGCUUGGUAUUCAACAAGGACGCGCCCACGGGCGACUGCGAUUUGAUGUCUCUCCAAGCGACGGAGACGUUGCGAAACGAGCCUUCGCCUUUGUUCAUCAACCAAAAAGGCGAGCUAGCCGCCAGCCACAACGUCAUUGGGCUGCUUCGAGACAACAAAAUUCCGGCAGACUCGUUGCAGAACCUGCCAGCUCUGCAGGAUCUGGUAGAGGGCGCCGGUUUUGAUGCCCAGUGGACAGAAUUGUUCAACCAUUGCCACAAAGCCGACAUUUAUGCACGCGCCAGGAUGUGCAUCAACACCGAGGCCAGGAAAAAGGAAUUAAAGAACAAGGGUCUAGUUUCCAAGCGGCCCCGAGACUGGUACGGGGAAGUCUGGCGCAGAGAGAAGCAUGCGCAAGAGGUGCAGAGCUUUGACUACAGGUCCGCCGUGCUAUUCCACUUGGAGCUCGAAUCCCAGGGAUGGUAA